AUGAAGUACAUUGAUGAAGUUGAUUUAGAACUUGUGAAUCAAGAACUAAAUUUCCAUUCACCUGAUAAUAAUUUGGUUAUUAGAGGAGGAUGUGAUUUAUUUACAACCAAACCAAUUGGAUCAGAUAGGAAAUUAUUUAAAACGAUUGAUAAACAUUUAGAUCAAAUCAUUGAAGAUAAUCAAUUAUCAAGAUCUUUAGAACGUGAACGUCAAAAUUCUAUAAAUUCAAUCUUUGGUGGAAGUUCUUCUCCACCACCGUUGGGUUUUGAUAGAAGAGGAAGUUAUGCUAUUGAACGACAAAGAAGAGCUAGUCAUAAUCUGAUAAAUUUCAAAUUUGAUAAAUCAAAUAAUCAUCAUCAUCAUAAUGGAAAUUCACUGCCUCCAAAUAAUAAUGGAAAUCAGAAUAAUAAUGAUUCGACUUAUUUAUCUAAAUCUUUAAGUGAUGCAGAUAUUGAUGCAAUCGAUGAAUCACCAUUUGGCCCUUUGAAGAAUGUAACCACGAGGAAAACUUUCUCAUAUUUGAUUGCAAUCUUGAAUAGUACUUUCCCAGAUCAAGAUUUUACAAAUUUACAACCAACAACUGAAAAUUUCUAUAGAAUUGAUUCACCAGAAGAUUUAAUUCAAAAAUUCAAUAAUAUUUUGAUCUCAUUAGGCAAAAAGGAAGAUAUUCUAAAUUGGAUUUGGGAUAUCAUAAAUUCUUACAUGGAUGUGAUACCUUCAAAAUCCGCUUCUCCAUAUUUAAAUGCCCAAACCACGAAUCAUACUCAUUCCACUAGUAGGAAAAAUAGUUUUAAUUCAAAUAGAAGUAGUGGAAGUGGUGGUAAUUCACCAAAUUUACAAUUUCAAAACAUAUGUCCUCCUGAUGUAUGUCAAAUUUAUCAAUUUCAACCAUCGGAUGAAUCUAUAUUUGAAGACUUGACCUAUCCUUAUCAACCAAUGUGGUCAUAUUAUUGGUUUAUUUAUAAUAAAAAGAAAAAGAGAGUUACAUUUCUUCAUUUAACUGCCAUAAAUAAAGCUCAUUAUUCGCAUAUAAAUUCAAAAAUACAAGAUGAUGGUAAACGAAAUAAAGACAAGAUUAUUCAUCAUGCAGAUGAAGAUGAAGAAGAAUAUGAUGAGAAUGAUGAAUAUGUGGCUGAUGAUGAUGAAGCUGUGAUAAUAGAGGAUGAAUAUUUGGAUGAGAAUUCCGAUGUGGUUGGAAAUAUUGAAAUUUAG